ACGAUACCGUAUGGUAGUGGAUCGGGGUCUCACAAUUUUGCCCUCCCCGCAUGUUCCUAGACACGCGAAAUCUCUUAUCAGGGCUGAGCGGUGUGUCAGUGUCCUGCCUCGAGGCUUGGCUGGAUACUUUUUCUUCUUCCUCUUUUCCCUGUGGGGCCGAGCCAGCUGAAGUGGUUUGGUUGGCUGAUGGGUUCUCGCUAGAUUGACCUGCAGAUUGUGUCUGUGUGCUUUGUGUUGCCCGGGACCGGGAAGGUGGUGCCUCCCCCUCCUUCCACCAUUAUCCGCUGGAGAGGACAAUACAAACGGCGGCUCAACUCAUUGGUUUAUCAUUACUGUUGUUAUUGUGGGCCUUAUUUCAUCAAGGGGAACACGUCGCUGAGGAAAGACCAGCGGUCGCCCGGUCGGCGUGAUGAACUAGCCACCGGUAUAUGACUCCUCCACCCGGAUCAUUUUGAGUCAGGAUUGGGAGCAAAAUCUCACGCGACCAAUAUUUCGAAGGGCCUCUCCAUGAGGUUUUUUGAUACCGUAUGCCCUCACGAGUACUAUCUGUAUCGUACGCACCUAGCCUGGUGCUGUCCGUAGGUAAGGAUACGGUAGUGGUGAGGAACGGGACCAUCCUAUCAAAUAAGGUCCCCUUGCAUAAGGGGUCGAUCUGAAGCAGGCGCCCCCCCCCAAGAAAAAUCUGGCGCCUGCGGUACUCGAGUACUGCCCUAAUCUCGCAGACUGUGCUUCUACGAGUAAUCUGCGCCUCUUUGCCCAUCUUUUGGGUUGCCAUUAUGCAGCUACUCUUCUGCAGCACACCUCCUCACACCCUCCCCCCUCCUGCCCAGUGGACGUGCAGGGGUGCAUGGCCCAACUCUGGGCACGCAUUGCGGUGUAUAAAGUCCCGGGCCCCGCGCAAGUAAUCGCCUUUGAUACAUUCAGCAUGCUACCCCGACACACGAUUCGCACUAUCAGACAGAAACACAUCAAUAAAUAGCAUACUUUGCCUCUCAGCUAUCAUCACACGACUGCAUUUGUCACACGAAUAGUCUUUUCUUUCUUUCUACCAAAAAAUAAGAAGCUAUAUAAACAUACAACAUCCUCCCGUCCCCCUUCCUGAUAUCAGUCACAAGCAACCUUCCAUCCAUCCACCACCCGCCCUUUCAUCCAUCAAACCACUAUCCAUCCAUCCACUCACCCCACCCGCACCAGCACAAAGCCGAGCACUCCCAGCAAAACUUCGCAAUGCCUCUUUGCUUCAGCGAUGCCCGGUUCGACCUAGAACCCGAAGUGACUGCCCGUCGCAGUCAGAUCAUCAUUGAAAGACGCCGGACUUCAACCCCCAACCACAAGAUCGCGGUGCCGGUAAUUUACCCUCCCCCAGCAGUGGUCUACCCAUCUUCGAAUAGCCAAUACGCGCUCCAACCGCAAUACACACACACGGAGACGCAAGUCAUCGUUGCCGCACCGCAGGAGCAGAAACCAGAGCCGACGCCGACAAUACUCAACAUCAACAUCGAGCAAGCAGCCUCCGAGAUUGCACAGAAGCUGGCGACGGAGAACAUGCUGAGGAAUCAGGUCGCCGUCCUCGAGAACUCGUUGGACGAGGAGCGGAGGGCGAGGGAAAAAGAGGAGAGUGCAAGGUGUCAGAAAGAGAUUGAGGAGAUUUACGAGAAGCGAGAGGAAAGGCACCGGUCGAGGUCUAGAGAAGAGCGCAGGCAGUGGAGGUAUGCAGAGGAGGCAGCGAGGCAGAGAAUCUCGCACGCGUAUCAGCGAUCGAGUUCCAUGGGCAGGCUCGCCUCCCCGCGCGGCUCCGGCGAUAGGUUGCUCCUGGUGGCAGAGCACUCUAACCCCCGCCACUCAGCCGACAAAGUGGUGGUCACUCAUACCAGACAUCACAGCCAUGAAAUCAAGUACAAGAGUUGCUCUCUCUGCGGUAAUUAUGGCCACGAAUCUCCCGAGUGCUCGGAUGAUGAACGGGGCAUUAUCCAAACUCCCGUUGCGCGGGUGAGGUAUUUGAGGCCAUGAAUUGUUAGCGGUAUUAGAUCUCGUGCAGUGGCAAUUCUGAGUGGGGGGUUUCUUGACCCCUCUUUUUCUGUUUUUUUUUUUUCUUUUUUUCUACUUUGUUUCGCAGCCAAGCUUCUGUGCUCCGCGAUAAAUUCUUGUCAUGAGUUGAUCUUAUUUUCACGUUCUUACAUCCCGUCCAUGAUUUCACGCGCAGCGGUAGUGUACGGUAGUUUCUUCAGUGUUUCUUUUUCUAGGGGGUUGGAUAAACAUUUCUGAUUUCGCUCUCUCUGUUUACCAUAGUUUUCCGCAAAUUUAGUUUUUUUUUUUUUUGUUUUCCACUUUGUUUUCUUCCCUUUCCAGUUUUGAAAUGAAAAACUUUGUAAAUCUUGUAAUACCAGAUCUGCCCUAGCUUUCUGCGCAGGCAAAGAAGAGGAAGAGGAAAAAAAGAAGAAAAAGAAAAAAGGAGAAAUUAAAAGCGAAAGUGAUGCCAGUAAUGCAACCCUUGUACGAGCACUUGUACAACCUUAUUCCCGAGUGAAACAUGUCCCACUGUCCAAGUACUUUAACGGUACGGUAGUCGAGUACCAAUACCAGCUGCCAGUACGGUGCAUUAAGGUACCCCAUCCCCGACUGUAAUGUACGAAUUCAGAAAAAAAAAAAGGCUGGGCAACUCACCGACCCACCGAUCCCAUAUGACUUUUUGUUCGGU